AUGUCUCAAACGUUGAUGGAGCACGUUCACACCCUCUGGUUUCAACUGGUGACGGUGAGGAUGACGAUCAGAAAGAACGACUGUCGCAGUAACAGGCCGGUGAACAUCGUGUCAUGUGACGGGAAGUGUCCGUCCGCCAGCAUCUACAACUACAACAUCAACACGUACGCUCGCUUCUGCAAGUGCUGCCGGAAGACGGGGCUGCAGCGGCGCUCGGUGCAGCUCUACUGCAGCGGCAACGCAACCUGGGUCAGCUACAGCAUCCAGGAGCCCACCGACUGCUCCUGCCAGUGGUCCUGA